GGCGGUUCCGUCGCUGUGGAGGCGGGAGCGGGAUCGGGACUGUCGCGAUAGAGCGGCCCUGGGGCCGGGGGGCCUCGGCACCCAGCGGGGCUGUCGCGAUAGAGCGGCCCUGGGGCCGGGGGGCCUCGGCACCCAGCGGGGCUGUCGCGAUAGAGCGGCCCUGGGGCCAGAGGGCUCGGCAUCCAGCGGGGCUGUCGCGAUAGAGCGGCCCUGGGGCCAAGGGGCUCGGCACCCGGCGGGGCUGUCGCGACAGUGAGGGGCCCCGGGGCCGCAGUUGUGUCAGGACCUGUCGCGAUAGGAGCGGAGCUUCCCCCUUGCCACCCACGUGCGUGGCCUUUAGGGCUCACUCACAGUGGGAGUGGAGUCCUCAAGGCCGGACUGUCGCGAUAAGAGCGGGGUGCGCGGGGCCAGUCCCGGCAGGGCUGCUGUGACACGAGUGGGGUCGCUCAGACCAUCUUCGCCAGGGCUGUCGCGAUAGUGGGGUGCGCCGUGCCCGUGCUCCCCGGAUGGAGCCCGGGAUGGAUCCCGGCGCGGCUCUCCCGGCCCUGCAGCGGGAGCUGCGGGCGGCGCUGGCCGAGGACGAGCGGAGGCAGCGGGAGGGCGAGGCCAAGCUGAGGGCGCUGCACCAGCGCGUCCCCGACUAUCGCGACUUCAGGAACAUCGUGCUGGCCUCACACCUGAAGCCUCUGGAGAAGAAGGACAGGCUGGGGCAGAGGAGGAAUGUGCUGUGGAAUCCCUGUGCAGCCCCAGCCAAGGCACUGCCUGCCCACACUGAGGAGAUCCCACAGGAGCUGGCUCAGCUGCCGGGAACGGCCGCGGAAUUCCACAGGGAUUGGCACCGGUGCCUGAGGAGCGGGACGGAGCGGUACCGGUUCCUGCUGGAGCUGGGAGGGGACACCUUGUGCAGGAUCUUCCGGGCUGACGUGGGCUUUGGCCUCCUGGGGGAAUUCCUGAGGGUGCUGGCAGAGAACUUCCACCCUGGAGACGGGGCUGCCGUGCUGGGCGUCCUGCAGGGCCUGGCAGGCACCGGGCGCCUGGGGCUGAACGUGGAGCUGCUGAGCCAGGAGGAGAAGGAGAGCGGCAGGGAAUUGUUCAGGAAGCUGCAGGGCAUGAGCAGGGAGGGCUGGGCUGCUGGAAAGCUGGGCCAGGAGGCAGGGAGGGAACCCCAGCCCAUGGACACCCCCUUGGAAAAGGAAGGCGAGGAGGAGAGGGCGGUGGUGGAGCUGAUGAAGCGUUUCCAGCUCGGCUGAGGGGGCAAGAGAGACUCAGAAGAGACUCAAGGCCUGACUUUGGCAUCACCCAGAGCACGAGUUCUGCACAAAUAAAGUUCUGUCCC